AUGCACGUCAUCCCCAUUCACGAGGGGGACUGCCUCAAGAUCAUCAACUACGUGCACAACCUCGCGUCUGUCAAAAUGAAACACCAUCCCGCUGUCUGCAUCAUCGAGAAUGACCUCAUGCUCAUCGAAUGCACCAUCAUGAGUUUCAAGUGCAACGCCAACGGCGAUGCCAUUUAUGACGGAGGAUGGAAACUGUGGUGCACCCAGCUCGAGCUGCUCACCAUUUCAAAGCUCUUCAAUGGUCCCGAACCUUCCAUCAAAGAGAACAUCAGCAUGGCCGAUGACGUACUCAUCUAA